UUUCAAUUUUGCGCCAAAACAAACGCGGCAAACAAAAUUUCCAUGUAAUUAUUUUCCCCAAAUGCACAUCACUGCUAAUUUAGUUCCCACUACAAUUAGGUUUUACUUUUUUCUUUUGAUUUGAUGCCUCUUUUAUGUUUUACCCAAAAUCUACUUUUUCACCGAUUCUUUUUUUGUUUCUUUUCUUCUUUUGAUACAAGAUCCAAAGCUUUUGGACUAGAAAAUGUCUUAAUUGGGAGUAACGACGAAGAUGUAAUCAAACGGAGACCCGCACAACAGACAAAGAAGGAGGUACAUUCUUAUAAUCAUACCGUCAGUGGAUCAUAUCCUUUGUUUGGGUUUUGCACGUUCACUACAUGGUGGCACCUUCAAGGUCAUUUAUCUCUAUGUAUCUCUUUCUCUUUACUCAAAAUGAACCUCCAAGGAGAUUGAUACCACAUACUAGAACAAUCACAAUAGAAGCCACAAACAAACUCUCCAAAUGGAAUUACGGUAAAAUCAUAUAUUUGUACUUCUUGCUGUGUUUUUGGGAAUGCUUUACUGUUUGGACCUGUGGCUUACUGAAUUGUUGUUAAUCAGUCUUAGACCUUGUGUUGGAAAUAGCAAUUUAAUUUGGUUCCCUUUGUCUUAUCGCCUUGAAUCGUGUACUUGGAUUUUGUUGUUUAUGUGUGUUAAUUAAUUAUCUUUUUAGCUUCUGAUGGGAGUUCCUGAAAAUUAUUGUAUUGAAUAGUACAAUAAAACACCCCCACCCCCGCUCCUCCUUUGUCCCUACAUUUAUUUCUCUUCUCAUUUAUGUUCCAAUUUUGUAAGAUCUACCAAUUUUCUCUUCAUUUGUGCAUAUUUUCUUCGGAUCUCAGUUCCAAAAUGCGUGAAAUCCUUCUUAUUUAAGGUGGACAAUGUGGUAACCAAAUUGGUGCCAAGUUCUGGGAAGUUUUUUGUGCCAAACACGACAUUGAUUCUACCGGUCGUUACAGUGGUGAUUUUGAUCUCCACUUGAGAGAAUUAAUGUGUAUUACAAUGAGGUUACCAAUGGAAGAUUUGUUCCUAGGGAUGUUCUUAUGGAUUUGGAGCCUCGCACCAUGGACAAUAUUAGAUCUGGUCCUUAUGGACAAAUCUUCCAUCCUGAUAACUUUGUUUUUGGACAAUCUGGUGUUGGUAACAAUUGGGCUAAGGUAAGUUACACCGAAGGUGCUAAAUUUAUUGAUGUCGUUCUCGAUCUUGUUCGUAAGGAAGCCUAAAACUUUGACUGCCUUCAAGGUUUGUGUUUCUACCCGUAUUUUCUUAAACAUUUUGUUUUCAUUUGGUGUUGUUGUUGUAGAUCUGUGCAUUUUGAGGAUUUAUUUACAUUCUAUGUGUUUGAUUUUAAGGGUUUCAAUUGUGCCAUUCAUUGGGUGGAGGAACAAGUUCUUGUAUGGGAACACUUUUGAUCUUAAAGAUCAGAGAAGAAUACCCGGACAGAAUGAUGCUUACCUUCUCCAUUUUCCCUUCACCUAAUGUUUCUGACAUUGUUGUUGAGCCUUAUAAUGCUACCUUGUCCUUGCAUCAACUGGUUGAAAAUGCCAAUGAGUGCAUUGUUCUUGGUAAUGAGGUUCUAUAUUACAUCUUCUUCAGAACCCUAAAGCUCAUCACCCUAAGUU